AGAAAUGUCAACAUCCAUGGGAUAAAUCAAUAUUCAUUGCGAUUAUCACAACACAUUGUUAGCGCGAGGUUUGAUCGCCAUUAAAAGUUCGAAAACAGCGCCUUCUACAUGAAAACUGCGCAGAGAAGUCUGGCAACACUGGAAGCGCAAAACUUGCUCUAUUGUUACCGCCAUUUACGCAGUAUUUUAUUUGAUAUCAAUAUUGGCUACACGAACACAUGGCUCCUCAUCACGGUGCCGUCAUCCACGUUCCAAACGUUGUUUAAUAAACAAGGGUUCUUGGCUCUCUCGAGGAGGAAGCCUGGCACCGAUGCAUAUCGAUACCGCCAGGCUGCGAUUCUACAUCGGACUCGUCAGUUCCAUCCGAGCCUGUCGAGAGGAGACUCUGAAUUAAUUGCAUUAAUUUUCAAACAACUAUGCAUACCGUUUUGUACUCGAUGGAACGCUAGACAUCGUACAAGCCGUGCUUAGGACUAUACGCUUACGCUGAUUUUCCUUUGCAGACGCCGUGACAGCUUAAUAUACUUAUACCUUCACCGUAUGCAGCGAACAUAAGCCACGCCCCGGCGGACUACCCCUAAAGAUCGGCAUAGCAUCGGGCAGUUCGCUUUUCCUCUUCAGUUUCGCUUCGGGUAUACGCUUGACGCUGCUCCAGUCCGCACGGCACGAGCUCCUCAUCUUCGUCAAAAAUCGCCAUGGACGCAUACAGCGAACUAUUCUAUCGGCUGCGAGAGGCGGUGAAAAGCAGCUCGCAUUCCAUAAUCGAGCAGAUACUCGGCGAGGAAAUAUUCCGAAGCACCCUCAAGUCGAAGGACUCGCACUCGGGAGAGAAUCGAGCGACGCUUGUCAACAUCGCGGUGUCAAGGAACGACGAGGAGACGGUCAAUCGGCUUCUGGAUUACGGAGUGACCAUCAACAUCGACGAAAACAGAUGCCAAGUCAUACCGCCACUCGUGUACGCUGUGGUACUUGGACACGAGCGGAUAGCCGAGAUUCUUGCGACUCGUGUGAAGGAGCAUGUGGAUCAGCGCACUUCUGGCGAGGGUUAUUAUAAACUCGAAAAUGGAGACACAGCUCUGCACGCCGCCUCGAGAUGCGGCUUAGAUCGCCUCGCAGCGAUCCUCCUGAAAAACGGCGCGACAAUCGACGCUCCGAACAGCAAAAGCGAAACAGCUUUGCACUUGGCGAUUGGAGCAAUGAUCAAGGCCGAAGCUCGACUAGCGAUGGUUCGCUGCCUGCUGGAUCACGCUGCUCGAAUCGACAUCGGUCAUAAACCGGCGCUGCUGUUGGCCAUCGCACAAAAUCAACUGGACGUAGCCCAUCUGAUCAUCGAUCAGCGAGAGGAUGCUCUCGAAAAGAAAGACUCCCUGGGGAGUGGAGCCAUGCAUUACGCGUUGAAGGGAUGCCCUGCGAAUAUCGAGUUUAUGACGAUGCUGGUCAACAAGGGCAUCCAGGUGGAUGAGCCGAAUUUGGCUGGCAAAAGGCCGCUACACGUUGCUGUCCGCUAUCGCAAUGCUGUAAUGACGAAAUUCCUGCUCGACCACGGCGCAGACAUUGAUGCAACAACGGAAUCCAAAGAAACUCCACUUUACUUCGCAGCGUUGAACGGAGAUAUGUCAAUGGUGAAACAACUUCUCGACGCAGGUGCGAACAUCCACGUAACAACAAAUCGCGAACAAACAGCGUUUCACGCCGCCUGCCAGUUUGGCAGCGUGGAGAUGGUUUGCGAGAUGCUCAAAUUUGGCGCUAAAAUCAACGGGGUAUCGACGUACACACAAACGCCGCUGUAUUUCGCCUGCAGCAAACAGUCCAACGAUAUCGUCAAGACUCUUCUCGAAUCGGGCGCAAAUCCCAAUGCAAUGACAGACAUUCCUUACGACUCGCCGCUUGAUUUCGCCUGUCGCAGAGGCUUCGAGGAUACGGUCUGGCUACUUCUCAAAUUUGGCGUUCAAAUGAAAAGACCUGUAUAUGCAUACGGAAUCGGCAUUCCCUUCGAUAAGAAUAUAACAAUUAUGCUGAUAAAGCACGCUCUUUUGGCCAAGCAUCAGGUUAUGUGCGAACAAUUUUUUACGGUGUACAGAAACGACCCACACUUCGCAAAGUGCCAGAAGGAGCUCGAGAUGAUGAAGGCGACCGAGUUUUAUCCCAAUUUGACGUUUUUUAAAAUGCUAGUGAUGCAGCAGGAAGAGUUGAUGUGGAUGAUGAGAAACGUUAAGGUUCGCGAAGCUUUCGAGGCUAAUUUUAAGGAGGAACAGUUUCCUAUGUACGCGCUAUAUUUCACGGACAGGUUUGCGGAUGUAAAGCAGAUGUUGAAGGAGCGGGAUUUGGCAGAGGAAAUUUUAUCCUCGGUAUUUUCAACGAUACUGCCGGUUGAAACUAUUAAUAAAGUUCUUGAUUACGUCAGUUACAAAGACAUAAGGUUUUUGGCAAAAUUUGCAUGAGAAAUCUGUUGUCGCUAGUUGAAGAAAAUUUCUUAGACUGAUUCAUGUAUGAAGAGGGUUUUACAUUCGUUGUAGUUUAACGUUUCAACAUGUAUAAAUUGCGCACUGGUAUGAAAAACAAUUUUUAGAGCCUAGGAUAAUUGGCAAUUCAACGUUACCGCAGCGCCAAAAAGCCCAUGCUAAUUUCCAUAAAGUGGCGAGUUUUCGAAGCUGAGCAACACCCGAUUUUAAUAUAAUAUACAGUUAUAAUGCACGGUAAAAUCGGGUUGGUCUCAGCUUUGAAAACUCACCACCUUAUGGAAAUUAACAUUGGCUUUUUGGCGCUGCGGUAUAUUUGAAUUGCCAAUAUGAGCGCGAGUAAAAAACAAGUGCCUCAAACGUAAAAAUUAAAUUUAGAUCUUUUAGAAUAAAAAGACUUAGCGUUCAUUUGAAUGUAUGUGAUGGUUAUUAACAAUAAUAAAUUUUAUGACAAUUCCAGAUUUUCCGUUAUCAUCUCUAAGUAAGCAGUGAAUUGCUUUAAGAACGAUAUCUGGCGAACCUUUAUGGUUUAUGACAGGGGCUUAGCUCUUUUUUUGUUGUCUUUGCGUUCCGCGUUGUAUAGAACCGAGAAAUGGCCAGACCAACAGCACAUGGUACAAACAUGUACGUAGUUCUGCUGCGGAUUUGUAUUUUUCUUGCUGUUGUCUUCGAACAUCUGCUGCUUCGAAUAUGCCAGAGUCUUAGCGGUAUUAAGAUCCUUUCCCAAACCCUCGGGGAUGUUUAUUGCACUACCUGCGGACAGACGAGUCUACAUUGAAAAUGCUAAACCGUGUAUACAUACUGUACUUAGAGUUUCAAUUUUCGUCUUGUUUGAAGAGUUCAAUAAAUAAACAAAAAUUACGUUGCCGCUCGUAAUUAGAUUCAAAAUGUUUAACCCGGAUCGAAAUGAUUUCUGCUUUACCGACGAUGUGUAAAUGAAAGUUGAAGGUACGAGUGCAAGAAAGAUGUAUGAAUAAUAAUAAUAAUUAGCAGUACAAAAUAUAACUAUUAUUGUUACAACUGUACACUUGUCGAUAAUUGAAAGUAUCACGUGAACUCGAAAUUCUUCAAAAAUCGUUACGAUUAGAAAGUAAACCAUUUAAAAAUAGUUAUAAAAAGUUAUCCGUUUUUGUGCACAUCGACCCAUGUAAAUUCAGCUCCGAUAAUUCAAUGGAUCACCGACGUUUUCUUAUGAAUAUCUCAAUCUUUAAUCAGAAGCAUAA